AUGGUGCUGAGUCGUCCGAGUCUGGUCACGUGGGUGGUGAAAGCCGUCUGAAGGCGGGGGGUGGGGGGAGGAAGGGGCGGGAAGCGGGGGGCUGAUAGCGAGAGGCCGGGCGACGACGGGUUGUCAUGGAGUCGUGGGGCUGGGCUGGCGCAUGCGCCACCUGACCCACGGGCUUGGUCGUGGAGCGGCGACCCCGGCCUUAGGGCAAUGCAGAUGAAAAAAGUACCAAUGAAUCUGCCUCUAGCCCAGUAAAACAUGGAGAGGAAAAACCCAAGCAGAGAAAGCCCCAGAAGACUCUCGGCCAAACUAGGCAAAGGCACAGAGAUGAAAAAGGUGGCUCGUCAACUCGGCAUGGCUGCUGCUGAAUCGGAUAAGGACUCUGGAUUUUCAGAUGGGAGCUCAGAAUGUCUGAGCUCUGCAGACCAGAUGGAGUCUGAGGACAUGCUGAGCGCCUUAGGCUGGAGAGAAGACAGGCCGAGGCAGAGCUCCAAAGCUGCAAACAACACCUUCCCUACCCUGUCCCCCAUGGUCGUCAUGAAGAAUGUACUGGUCAAACAGGGCAGCAGCUCCUCUCAGCUCCAGUCCUGGACUGUGCAGCCCUCCUUUGAAGUGAUCUCCGCACAGCCACAGCUCUUACUCCUUCACCCUCCUGUGCCAUCUCCUGUCAGCCUGUGUCAUGCUGGCGAGAAAAAGUCGGACUCCAGGAACUAUUUGCCCAUUCUAAAUUCUUAUGCCAAAAUAGCUCCACACCCAGGCAAAAGGGGCCUCUCCCUCAGCCCAGAAGAAAGAGGAGCAAGUGGAAUGCAGAAGAAAAUCUGUACUGAGAGACUUGGGCCGAGUUUGUCUUCCAAUGAGCCAACCAAGACUGGUGCUGUUCCUUCUAGUCCCUCGACUCCUGCACCACCCAGUGCCAAACUUACGGAGGACUCAGCUCUGCAGGGCGUGCCCUCCCUGGUGGCCGGUGGAAGUCCACAGACUCUUCAGCCAGUGUCCAGCAGUCACGUGGCUAAAGCCCCCAGUCUGACCUUUGCGUCCCCCGCCAGUCCCGUCUGUGCAUCAGACAGUACGCUACACGGGUUAGAGAGCAGCUCUCCCCUCUCCCCACUGCCAGCCAAUUAUAGCUCACCUCUGUGGGCUGCGGAGCACCUCUGCCGCAGCCCAGAUAUCUUUUCAGAGCAGCGGCAGAGCAGACAUAGGCGCUUUCAGAAUACCCUCGUAGUUCUUCACAAAUCUGGUUUGCUAGAGAUCACUUUGAAAACUAAGGAGUUGAUCCGUCAGAACCAGGCAACUCAGGUGGAACUAGACCAGCUAAAGGAGCAAACCCAGCUGUUUAUAGAGGCCACCAGGAGCAGGGCCCCUCAGGCUUGGGCCAAACUACAAGCAUCUUUAACAUCUGGGUCUAGUCAUAGUGGCAGUGACCUAGAAGCGUUCUCUGAUCACCCAGACAUAUAGCACAAAAGCAUAUUGUCCUGUUACUUGUGUGGUUCUUUUAACUCUUUUGCUCUUACCUACUCCUGUUUCCCAAAGCUUAUAUGAGAGCUUUUCCUUCUAAACUUAACUGUGUAGCAGUUCACUUUGGAAGCCACGUGCCAAUACCUGGCUGUUAUCUUAACCUGUGGUCUGGGCAAGGAUUACAUAUGUCUCCAUUCCACUGAGGACCUCAGGUUUGGAGUGCUCUUGAGUCCCUUUCCCUUAGCCUGCAAGCACUUAGAUGGAUUGGGGGCGGGGGUGGGAGUAGGGUGGUGGCAAAGCAGGAGCGAUGAUUGUGUGGGGCUCUUCUAGCUAUCACCUCCCAUCAUCCCACUCAUAACCAGGAUCAAGAGUGCAGUAACAGCAAUGAGCACGUAGGGUGAUGCCUAUUGAGCCGAGGAGUCAGCAACCUGAGGAUACCUUCAUGAAUCUUCCCUUGCCUGUCUUAGUCACCUGGAAAAAUAAGAGGAGGUGUGUUUGCAUUCCACAAGGCAUUGUGCCAGUUCAGUGAAACCUGAAAUGCUUUGGGCACAGGUGGUGCCUGGGUGCAAGCACUUAAUCACUUAAAGCUUUGUUUUCUUAAACUUGAAAGUCAAGGGGAAAAGAUAGUACCACUUGACUCUUACACUUUCAUCACAAGCCAGAUUUAUCUUCACUUACACUAGUAGGCAAAAUACUUCAAAUUUUAAUGUAUGGAAUGGAUGCACAAUGAUCUGGAAUUAUAGUUGAUGCAUUGGUCUUUUGACUUAGAGACUGGAGAAAAUAGAACUUCCAAGCAUCUUCUGGUCAAUAGCUAGAAGAUUCUGGUAACUUAGGCUUUUUUUCCUCUUUUGAUACAGUGCAACCUGUUUUAUAUCUAAAAAUCUUAAGGAUAGCUUAAUGGUUCCUGGAGGCACAGUAUACGUUAACCCUCUGUUGUCUCCUUGGUUUCUUUUUUUUUUUUCCUUAGUUUUUAUAAAAGAAAAGAAGUGAUUAUUAUGCUCGAUAAACUUUGAAUUAAAUAAAAUUGUCUGAGGAUAUGAUAAUACAUCCACAAAAAUUAGAAAACCAUUCUUCUUACCAAUUUUCUCCUCCCAUCCAAUGUUUUCACUUGUUCCAUGUUGUAGUUGACAGAGAGCAAUUAUAGAACAGAGACUUCUGCAUUUCUUUCAUGUGUUAGAUAUUGGCAACAAAGCCAAAGUUGUAAUGUUAGUUAUAUGGAGUUCAUCAUGAAAUGGAGAAUUUCCAGAUGAUAACACAUUCUUUUCAGCUAGGUAUAGGCACCUAGAUAGAAUUCUAAGUAGUAAAGUUUCAAAAUAUUCUCUCAUUUAAAAAUUUCAUCCUCUUGAAAACCUUUGUUCUUUAUAAUUAUCCACAAUAAGAAGUUCUGUGUGACCAGCUUCAUCUCUUCUGCAAAGAAAAUGUUCUUGAAGUUUUACCAAGACCAGAAGCUAAUGAUCAUAUUUACUAGGCAGCUGUAACUAUCACAUAGUUUAAAAAUUAUACAGCUUCAGAUUGCCUAUACUUUGUUCACAAACAUGCACAGUUUAAGUAUGGCUGAUUUAGAAAUAAACAACUCAGUAACAUCUUUAGACUCCCCUGAUCAACACCAAAUUACUACCUGUCAUUUGCUUUCUGAAAGAGUUUGAAAAACCAGAGCAAAUGUGUCUUUAAGCAGAUUCAACUCCUUUUAAUAUUUUUCUCGUUGGCCCCUCUCUCUGCCCCCUGAAUCUUUAUGGUGCUAUUGUAGCUCUACUCUGUGCACCAUGCUAAGAAGCUUCCUAUUUGGCAGAAAAUGUUUGGCAGCAAAGCUAUAGAGACAGGUGCAUUCAGAACAGCCUGGGCACCAGUCAUGAGUCUUACUGAGUGUCAAAAAUCUGAAAACAGUUGCUGAGAACCAAAUUUAUUCCAUUGGAAAAGCCCUCUGGAGAUAUAAGCCUCUUGGACUCUCCUUUGUAGAUUAAGUCUUGCAUUUCCCUUCUUGUCUGGUAAAAGAUGAUGAAAGCCAUUAUCCAUCCUCACUGCUGAGUGGCAGGGAGAAGCAGCACCACCCCCAACUCUAUAAUCUUGUAACUUAGUGCUAAAGUCUCUCUGUGCUGUUAGCAUGGGCGUUCUUUUCCUGAUGGAGCUGAAAGCAGAUGACCCCAAGUAGGGAAGCUAUAGAUCUUGGAAAGAGAGAUCCCCUGGGGCCAGAAGCCAGAUCAGCAAAUGGAGGAACGUCGGAGUUGACCAGAAAGAUCUCCGUCAGUUGGACAAGGCUGUAAGUAGUGAUGGUCUUAGUGGUGCAUGACAUAACUGACUUUGAGACACUGUGGCAGAGCUGCUGUUUUCUGAAAGUGAGAAACCACUUUAGCUCAGACCAACCCUUAAGUAAAAAUUUAGCAGAUUUUAUUGGCAAUAGUGGAACACAUCUAGAAAAAGUUGCUGAUUGCAUUGGUUAUGGGAAUGGGGGUUAAUGACGUUUGUAAUUUAUUACGUUCAUUGCUUUUUAUUGAUUAUAGUAUUACCUGACUUUUCUUCUCUACUAUGGUUUCUUUAGCAGAAAAGUAAUUCUUGUGCAUAUACUGAAGUGGCUUUCCAGCUGUGAAUUCUUUAGGGUAAACACUUAUUUAGCAAAUGUGAAUUCUUUUGAGAAAGUAUGAAGUUUUGUAGAAAUUGACUGUGAAAUGUCAGAGAAAAAUAAAAGUCACUUACUUGAAAA